GUGACACCCGGGCACUCGGCCGCGGCCUUCCACUCAGUCAGGGUUUUUUUGUGGCUACAGGUUUAAAGUUAACGCGACUUCUGACAGAAAGCGCGUUUUAUUUUGCAAAUUCAGACCCCUACCGUGGAGUUUAGACAGUUUUCUUUUAUCCCGAAGGCAGGAGGGAUGUCUGCAGAUGGGGAGUGGAAAACAGUCAGCAAGAAGAAGGGGAUGAAGAAAAGGAGAGGGAACGUCAAGGAGCAAAACAUCGCACAGGGGGUCGAGAAUCUGAGUGUGUCUGAUGGGGGGAGGAUCCAGCUGAAGAUAAAAGAAACAAUAGAAGAGUUGCGGAGUUCAGAAUUCUGGAGUGUUUGUCGUGAAACAGUUCAGAAAGUUACAAACAAAUAUCGCACAGUUCCCUCGGCAACAUCAUCAGGUCUGGAUGUUGGAGUUGCUGAAUUCGUCGAGUACAAACAUGGUGAUUUAGAUCAUUGUCAAGCCACACUGGAAUUUGUAUGUUAUGGAAUUGGGAGCUUUUCCAGUUCUGUUUCAUCUCGCUAUCAGUUGGCCCUGCUGUUCCUUCUGCUUGAAACCCUGAAGAUCCCUCGACUUAGCUGCCUUCUGUUUGAUCCAUUAUUUACAGAAUGGGAGAAGAGGUUCCUGAAGGAUUGUGGGCUAGUGGUGAUUAAAGAAAAUGAGGAAGGAAAGCGACGGGUUGACCGACCAACUCUCUUCUACAUGAUUCACUGUGGAAAAGCUCUCUAUAACAACCUUCUGUGGAAAAACUGGUCACCACACCAACUUGGCCAAACUAUUCUCAUUGGAAACAGUUUCAAAGGGAUAGAGGAGAGAUUGCCAGCCCGAGUACUGAAGAGGGACUACAUGUUCAUCAACUACAUAUUGGCCGUAACUGAAGAGACAACCUUUCCCUAUAGCGAUAGAUACAUGGAUAUAUUUAAUGAUACCGCUAUUCAUCAAUUUCCUAGAAGAAAGCUGGAUUCAAAGCCUAAAGCAUUCUGGGAGGGUGCAGCUGAACCAACAUACCAGCAGUGUGAAGACUUGGAAAUAAUCCUGAAUGGCUGAGAA